CGAAAGACCUCCGUGUUAUUUGGCGCCAUUUGUCGAAAACAAUUCACUACACUGAAACCUACAUUAUUAGCGAAUAUGCGCUCUCAACAUUAGAUUCAAAUGCACUUCUGAUUACAUUAACACGUAAGGUGGGUUUGGGGAUCGGUUAUUAUCACGUUAUGUUUGUUUUUCGCCGGUUUUGGAGUGUGUAUCGUUGUUUGGGAAAUGUGUUGGUAGGCUUACUGUUUACGUAAACUCGUUGUUGUGCUCAUAUUUUGUGCACUGUACACUGUAUAUUUAGACUAUGUAUCAACGUGUCCCUCAAGGAAGGACAAGAACCGAUCUUUAGUUUUUGGGGGUGAAACGAUGGCUGGGGCCGUGGCUAUGGCGUCUGUAAUGGAAGAUUUUGAGGGUCAGCCGUGUAAGAAAUUGAGGAAGGAUGGUGAUGCACCAUCUGUCAAAACUAUUACUAACUACUUUAUGCCCAAGCUGGUGGAGAAACCGUUCUCACCACCACGGUCUAACAACAUUAUGGACUACUUUAAGAGGACCUCGCCUGCACAAGAAAUAAAAAGCUGCCCUUUAGUAGCUAAAGAAAGCUCCCCGCAACCUUCAGAGCAAGUUAGUCAAGAAAUCCCUGGUAAACCUAUAAGAGGACAGGGACAGAAGCGAACCAGGAAGGCCAAAGACGGCAAGAAGGCCAAAGGGGAGGAUGCACAGGUGGUCACAGAUGACGUUGUCUUGAUAGAAAGUCCCAGUGAAUCAGCUGUAAAUGAAAGCAAUACUGCUGUCCUUCCAGCUCAAAACUCUGAUAAAGAAUCUGAUGUGAGGAAAAAUGCCACUGAGGGUGAUCCAAAUGUCCUGACGAUUAAGAAUUCUGCAGAAAGUUCUGAACAAAAAUCCUUGUUAAAACAAAGCAGGAGGAAAGACUGUGCAAACAGAAAAUCUGCUGUGAGGAGAAACCGAAAGGCAAAAGUUGGCUGUGAAGAAACUAAGGAAUGUGAUGCUGAUGCUCAAGAGCCUGUAUGUGAGACUAAAUUGGAGGAAAGUGCAGAUAAGAAAAGCAGCACCAUCACAAUCUCAUUUAAAGACUUCCUGCAGAAUCAAAGUCAAGAGCAGGAAGAGAGCAAUGCGAUUCCCAAGACUGACGCCACUGACACAUCAAGUGAAGGCAACCUCUGUAAUGAUCAGAGUGAUUCUGCAGUCGGUCCUUUACAGGUAUCGCCCCGAACUCUCACGAUUCAAGCUGAGGUGCAUCCCAUUUCCCCUGAUCAUCAUGAGUCUGUCAAAGUUGCCAAGGAGUUAAAAGUUGCAUCUAUUUUUAGUAGAAAUAAAAAAAGUCAAUUAAAAGAGGACAAGAGUUUGUCUCAUCCUAUCCCAGAGGUUAAACCGGACGUAUUGCCUGACCUCAAAAGGAAGUCUAACGUUGUUCUUCUAGAGGAAGAUCUGGAACUUGAUGUGGUGGAGUCCAGCCCCAAUCCUAAAAGCACUGAGACAGAGAGAAAGCAGUUUAUGAAUGCCUUUAAGCAGCCUAGUCUUGAUGGUUUUAAAAGCAAAACCAACAAGGGUCAGAGCAAGCAGAACCACGUUCACGAGAAAGUCCCGGAGGCAGCAGACAAAGAACACGAAAAAUCUCUCGAGAACAAAACUGAAGAAAAAUGUAUUGAGGACAAAACUGAAGUGACCAGCUUGGAGCAGCAUGAAGAACAGCAGAGCUGUCCUGGUGACAAAAAGAAGCGAGCUAGGAAGUCUGGGAAGAAUGGGGAAGCUAAGAAAGCUGAAGAUGCACAAGCUGCAACUCCGAAACCUGAAGAACCUCCCAAAGAGGUCGGCAAUGAGAGUAGCCCAGCUGAUAAUUACAACAGUGAAAAGGCUGUCAGAGAGCUGAGGAGGUCGACCAGGGAGCUUUCACGAAGGCAGUUAGCCGCUGUGCUUAAUACCGCACCACAGAAGAAAGAGAGGCAAGAGGACACAGUAAAAGAUGAUGAGACCCAAAAUACACCCUCUCUGGCCUCUACCCCAAAAGCUCAAAGGCCCAAAAGGGGAAUUUAUAGAGCUGAAAUGCUCUGCCCACCAGACAUGAAAGGCAGCCCUAUCAGGAUGAGAAUCACCAAAGUAUUUCUGUCCUCUGCUACAAAAGCUGGUGAUUUUGAAAUAUCAAGUCCUCUCUCAACACAGGAAUUAAAUGCAGUUAAAAAAAGAAAACAAGCUAGGAAGCUGGUGCAGAAAGCCAAAGCUCUUCAGCAAAGUAAAAAAGACACUAAUAAGGAGAAAGACACUGUACGACGUUCUUCAAGAAGCAAAGAGUCUGUCAUAAAUUACUGUGAAGAUGAGGAUUCUAUAGUGUUUUUGGAGGACAGCAAAAGCACUCCAGUUACCUCACAGGAAAGUGAUGAAAGCCAGAAAAACCUUCGUAGUUUGAAUGAAGUUUUGGGUAAAAAUAAAACAUCCAAGACUCCUGCAGCUUCUAAAGGGGCUCCUCUGUUUGGUGAAAAAAAAGCUCAGAGACUGUCGGUUAUCAUCUCCAUUUUUGAUGACAGCAGUCGAGAGGCAUCAGAGAACUCGCAAGAUGAUGAACAGUUCAGAUCAAAGAGAGAGUUUCUGAAGAGCGGCCUUCCGGAGUCCUUCAAAAAGCAGAUCGCAAAGACAGCAGCCAGUCGAGAGGUGUACAGCCAGGCCUGUGCUUCUUUCCAGACAGUGGUUCAUAUCCAGCAGCGGGCUGCAGAUUGUUGUGUUUGGAACCUCCAGUGGCCUACGAAUCCCUUCCUGAGUUGUUUGAAGGAGUCCUAUAAUUUACCAUCUGUGCCACUGAUGUCUUUGGAGAAGUCUUUAGGUUAUACUACAGUUCCUGCUAAAAGAGCCUUUUGCCACCAGAUGUCCUGUUGUCGAAGAUCCGAGUUUUCUGAGACAAUCAGGCAGCAUCUUUUGGAGGAGAUGAGACUCUCCAAUCCCUCCUUCCCACAUCAACGCUUUUUUACGCGGUUUGUUAAGAGACGCGAGGACUACAUCCUCCAGUCCUCUGCUUCAGAACCUGAAGUUGAGUCUAAGGUGUCCUGCCCUGCUGGAACAUCUGAGGGCGUCGGAAGGAAAAGGAAGCGUGUUGAUGAAGGAGGGACAACAGGCAAAGUGGGUAAAAAACCAAAGUCCAAUCCAGAAGGGGAUGUCAUAGUGAUUGAAGAAUGUCCACCAUCAGGAGUUCAGGGAGCACAGAAUGUCUCUGUCACUGUGCCGUCUGGCAGAAGUCGAAGAGGUCGAUCACUGAGACUUAAGCAGAAAGAAGAGGCCAAGCCGGCAGAGUUGAUCUCACCUGUGGGAAACCAGAGUGAUGCUCUCAUUAUAAAGGAUUCCCCUGUCCCAGAAAGUUCGAACACAGGAGAUCGAGUGAAAGAGGAUGUGAUUUGGACAGAGAAAUAUCAGCCGCAACAUUCCAGUGAAGUAAUUGGGAAUAUGGAGUCUGUCCGGAGGCUACACAGCUGGCUGAAAGAGUGGAAAUUGAGAGCUGACCGGGAAGAGAAGAGGAAACAGCAGGAAAAGAAGCAAGAGGAGGACAGUAAUGACUCCUGGCUCAUAGGAGAAGGUCUAGAUGAGACCGAAGAUCAUAUGUGUAACACUCUUCUUAUUACUGGACCCACUGGAGUGGGCAAGACUGCUGCAGUCUAUGCCUGUGCACAAGAACUUGGAUUCAAGGUAUUUGAGGUGAACUCCUCGUCUCAAAGGAGUGGUCGUCAGAUCUUAUCCCAGCUGAAGGAAGCCACUCAGUCCCACCAGGUUGACAUCCAGGGUGUCAGCGCUCAAAAUCCAUCAUACUUCAGCAAUUAUAGCAGCAACAGCACCACUAUCAAAGCCGGCUCCUCUCCCAGGAAGUUGAACUCCCCCAGAAGGGUUGUAUCAUCGCCCAGGAAGCCUCCUCUGUCCCCUCGAAUGGCUCCAUCCAGAAGAGGCUUGGCUCCGACAUCUCUAGCCAAUUUCUUCAAAGCAGGUGGAAGGCCCACUGGCAAAGAUGCAAACAGUCAAGACAAGAAAACACAACCUGUCUUAAAAGCAGGUCGGAAAAAGUCUGCCGAAGCAAAAGAGGCUGACAGCAAAGAGUGCCCCAUUGGAACAUCAGCGGGCACCAAGAUCUCCGCUGAAGACCAGGACAAGAGGACUGCCACAUCCCUCAUCUUAUUCGAAGAGGUGGACAUCAUAUUUGAUGAUGACUCUGGAUUUUUGGCUGCAAUUAAAAACUUCAUGUCUACAACUAAGAGACCAGUUAUUCUAACAACCAGUGAUUCAAACUUUGGUGCUACAUUUGAUGGGUGCUUUGAGGAAAUCCAUUUCAAAUCUCCUUCAGUGGCAGAUGUGUCCAGUUAUCUCCAGCUGCUGUGUCUGGCAGAAAACAUGAGAACAGAUACUAAGGAUCUGUCCUGUCUGCUGGACUGGAACAGGUGUGAUGUUCGUCAAAGCCUCCUGCACCUGCAGUUCUGGGCCUGCAGUGGAGGUGGACAGCAGGUGAAUCGGCCUUGGCUUUUCUCAGAGCUCAAAGGGGACGUCAAGAGUGACAUUGACCAUCAGUCUGUCAAAGCUCAGGAUGUAAAUGAGCAUGAAAUACCACCCUGCCACACUGCAUGCACAGAGUGUUUGCUGGGGAUCCGAAAUAUGCAAACAGAAAAUAUUGCAGAUUUGCUGCUAAAGCAUGAGUGUUCAGUACUAGACAGCAUUAAGUGCUGGGAUCUUCUCUCAGAGGUCCAUAGAAGGGGAGGGAAUCUUCUCUACUCGAAUAUGGAGAGUCUGCUUCCUCUGCCAACUCGUCUUUUACCACAGUCCACACUUAAAUCACAACCAAGACCAAACCCACAGUCCCAUCCUGAGCAAGUACCUCAGACAGUGAGGUUGGAGGUUUUGGAAGAGCCCUCUGAUGACGGUAGUCCCCUUAAAGUGUCCUCCAGAAUGAGGGGGCGGAAAAAGAUGGGCAUGAGCAAUAAAGACGUUUUCCAGUCUGAUUCAGAGUCCGAGGAUGACUUCCUCUCACUGCCAAAAAUCAGCCGAGCUCCUGCUCAAAGCACUAUUUCGGAACCAGCUAAUAUGUCCGUGAAUGUGUGCGAAGCUGCAUCGAUGAAACCAAGGCAUGUUGUGUUAUCUGAAGCUGAAAGGAAGAAGAGCAAGCCAGUGAUGCAGUGCCUAAGCAGUUUAGCAGAGUAUAUGGACCACAUGUCUUUCCUGGACUCCACACUGCGCUACCAGCCUUUGCAAACGGAGGGUUCCUGCAGACCACAGGACUUUGGCUGGACUGGUGCAGAGGUCAAGAGUGGGAUGACCGAUGACAUUCGGUUAGAGUGUGUCAGCCGAGUAAAUGGUGUUAAUGUCAAUGAAAUCCAUGCUGCAUUGGGGCAUUUGAGUUUUAGGAAGUGCAAGGCUGUAGUCUCCGAAGCCUGGGACAGAGCACAGCAACUGGAGGAGGAGAUCAGAAGAGAGGCAGAGGAGGAGCUCACCCUCCCUGUGGCUCCACACAAAGAUGGCUUCAGCCUCACUCAAACUACACCUUGUGACCCAAGGGUGAUGGAGAGGAGAAGUGAGGUGAUGAAGUCGGUGCUCUCCUCCAGGUCAGCAGGAACGCUUGGAAACCAGGUAGCAGCAGCUCUGGACUACCUCCCCUCUCUACGUACCAUCUGUAGGUCAGAGAGACUGAAGGAGCAGGGAAAGAUCAAACGCAGGUUCUUGCACUAUUUGGAUGGAAUACACUUCAGUCUUCCUAAAAGCACAAUGGAGUUCCUGGCUUCCGAGUUCCCUUAAAUUACACACAUUUUUAGGCAGCCGCUUAAAGGCUGCUGGGAAUAUGCAUUUGUACAGUAAUAUAUACUCAGAAAGAGUGUGGUUUUAUGUUGUUGUGUGGACCCCACAUAUUUGUACUGUUGUUUUAAAUGAGAUGUUUCCAUUAUGAAGAUCAUUUGUUUUGUACUUUGUCAUGCAUCUUCCGAAAUGUUUUAUGAAGUAAUAAAUGUCGAUUUGCUAUUUGCCAGCAAACAUGUUAUUCUCAAAAUAUGUAUGUAAAUUCCAAUAACUCUGUGAACAUGAAUGGUGCUGUUUGAAUUUUUGUAGUUUGUGUAUUUUUUCAUACACA